AUGUCCUGGAUCGAGAACCUCGAGUCUGCAUCGAUGGUGGCGGCGGGCUCUGCCGCAUCGGGUGAGGCCGAAAAGGACGAAAAUCUGGGCAAAUAUGGGCUUAGCAAACGCUUCGCGAGUGUAGCUGGUGGUCUGGAACAACUUCGACGUUACCUGGUCGCCUUCGCGGAGUCCGAAGAACCCAAGGCGGAGGUCCUGCUAGACUGCAUGGUGAAGGACUAUGUGCUCCAGAUGCCUCUAGCCGUUCGCGACCCAGAACAUCUGAAGGAAGUCUACCUUGCCACCGUGGUAAAACACCCAAUGCUCUUCAAAAUGGUACUGCGCAAGAGAGACAUUCUGCCGGAGGACUUGCAGGUCUUCGUCAAAGAAAUUCUCGAACUCGCAGAGGCCUCAGACGCAAUGCUAACCCUCCGCCACCCCUCGGAGAGCAAGUCACGUCUGAUUACAGACGCGGCAAAGGAAAUGUUCACUUCUGGUCUUCUCUAUGGUGGACCAAAAUGCCCUCCGGAAAUGAUGCGCCAGGUCUCUGCCCCCAAGCCGAAUAAACUGCGUGGGAUCUCCCAGCUCAGCGAGGUGGAGCGUGAACAGAAGCAACGCGCAAAAUCCUUACGACUUCGUCAAAUAGAGGAGGCUGAAGCCACUGAUAUGGGAGCAAACGAGGGCAGUAAUGCCUUGAGCAACUACAACGCCGACAUUGCCAAUGAGCUGGCCUUUUAUGUGAGUCUUCGAAACCCCAGCCAGAAUAUUCUCGAGGAGAUUGCCUUUAAGUUUGCCGAAUUUGGCUCCUACAUAAGGCCUCUGUUUGAGAAACGUUGGGAGCAGAUUUCCACGGAGAGGGAACCUGAGAGUCUGCUGCCCGAGCUCAAAGCGCUGCGAGACCUAAGGUGCAAGCAAAUGGAGCGGAUGAAUUACCGGCUUCGUCUCAGUGACGAACUCCAGAAAGAUGAGGGUGGAAAGGUUCAACGCCUCUGCAAGUCCCUCGUGCUACGACUCUGCCGCCUGUUGAGGGGACCCGCGGGCACCUUGCCCGGCAGUGGAGCCUGGAUGGGACUGCUAGCCUGCCUCCAGGGCAUCAUGUUCUGGCCUCUGAUUGGAGACCUGCUCGUCUGUAAGCUGAAUUUCUGGCUUCCGCCCCUGUUUCUCACUCUGCACAACCGCUACGCCAGUGUACGAGAGGAGGGCUGCUGUGUCCUCGCCUACCUCGUCUGCUCCUAUCCCUUCUUCUCCCGGCUGCACCAGUAUUCCCGACAACUGCUCAUUUGUAACCUCACGUUUGCCCUACUGGACGCAAUGGAUUGCAAUCGGGACACAUAUGUCUUCUACCAUGGAGUGAUGGGCUACCUCCUGCACUCCAUACCCUGCACAGGUCCCAUCGACUGCCUCCUCAUGUGGGUACCCGAGAUCGCGGACAGGAAGGACAGCCUGGCAGCUCGGGACUGGCCACUGUACAUUUACUACGUAGCCAAGCACUGGCCCGAUUUUGCCAUGGACUGGAACCUCCUCUACCAGCGGCAGGUGCUGGCACUUCUGCAGACUGGACUCCAAAGAAGCAUCUCCAAGCGCAAUGCUAAGACAGCCAUUCUUUAUUUGGUACGUCGAACCAAACGAAUAUGUCCACUCCUGACGGCCUGGCGUCAGAAGGAUGGCGACUGA